AUGGCCAAGAAGAUUUCCAAACAUAGUCGUGCUGCCAGACGAGGUGAGAUUGAAUUCACCAACGAGGAGAAGUCCCUUGAGACUGUACCUAAAGCUGAACCAGAUUUAAAAAAGACCAUUAUUAGAACAACCAUCAAGAAUGAGAACUUGCUUGCAAAGAAAAUGGAAAAUUCCCGUGUGAGGAAACACCAGAAUAAGAAAAAGACUAGCAGUUUAAAACAUAAAGUUGAAAGAAACGAGAAAUUAAGUGGGGUCUUAUCAGGAAAGAUUGAAAACAGUAUUAAACGUGCAAAGUAUGUUCAAAGUACUAGAAAAGCUGGAUGGGAUCAAAUCAACAAAAGUAUUGUAGUGAACGAUUCAGCCGUUUUGAAUAUUUUGGAUGAUGAUGAUGAUGAUGUUACCCCAGAAAAGACCCAGGAACAGAUUGAGCGUGAAGAAGAAGAUGAAUAUGUUAGACAGUUCUACGAAGGCGAUUCUGAAAAGACUGAAGAACCAAAGAUUGCUUCUUCUGCUAAUAGAUUUGCCUUGUUGGAUGAAGCAGAAGCUUAA